AUUGGCAUUCUGUUAUCACAAACUAGAGUGAGCUCUAUAAAAGCUGUAGGUUUCAGCUUAACAAGCUAUUCAGUUCAAAAAUGUUUCAAUUACUGCUUGUAGUGUGCGCAGCGUUCGCUGCUGCCCUAGGAGAAGGCGACAACUUCUAUCCGGGAGUAUUUUCUCGUCCUCACUAUGGAUCAGUUGUAAGCUCGGAUGACAGCGGAUAUCGAAUUGUCGGUGGUUCCCAGAUUGACAUCGCCCAAGCGCCACACCAGGUAUCGCUGCAGUCUCGAGGUGGACACAUAUGCGGCGGUUCCAUCAUCGCUAGUAGCUGGGUUUUAACCGCAGCUCACUGCACCGAUGGAGCUUCAGUGUCCAACCUUAAGGUGCGAGUCGGUUCCUCGCAGCACGCCUCCGGUGGAACGUUGAUAGCUGUCAGCCGAAUCGUACAACAUACGAAGUACAACUCCCGCACUAUCGAUUAUGAUUUCAGUUUGCUUCAGUUGAAGAAAGCGAUUAAGUUAGGUAAUACUUCUAAAGUAAUUAAGCUGCCCGAGCAAAAUGAAUCGACUGCGGAUGGCACUUCAUGUGAAGUCACCGGAUGGGGGAACACUCAAAAUGUGAACGAAUCCCGGCAGAAUCUUCGAUCGGCCCGUGUACCGGUGGUCAACCAGCAGGACUGUAACAGAUCUUACAGUUUGUACGGUGGUGUAACGGAUCGUAUGAUUUGCGCUGGUCUCCAAGAGGGUGGUAAGGACGCUUGUCAAGGAGACUCCGGCGGUCCGCUCGUUGCUAAUGGAAAACUCGUGGGAGUUGUUUCGUGGGGUCUUGGUUGCGCUCAGCCAAACUACCCCGGGGUAUACUCUCGGGUGGCCGCUGUACGUGAUUGGAUACGCAGUAAUAGUGGAGUUUGAGAGCCAGUUCAAUUAUAUAGUGCAGAACAAUUUGUGCUUCAGUUGUUUUGCGAUCUAAUAAAGUCAACUCGUAAAUCCACGCUUAA